CACUACGAUUGUCGUCAUGUCUCUGCACUCAAAAUUAGCAUCAAUUUGCUGACCAAAAAAAAAAAAGCAACACAGCUCAUCGACAAAUUCAAAUCGCAUCUCCAUAAAUCUUCCCCCACACACAUCCUCAUUAGCCCACUUUCACAUAUACUUCUGGAUACGCACUCCCAGAGAGAAAGAGAGAGGACAACAAUGGCGAAAUCUUCUGAUUUUCUCGUAAUCUUUGCACUUUUCAUCGGUGUCACCAACAUGUUGCUUUCAUUUUCGGCCGUUGAAGCUUCAACUUCAAGUGGGGACCACUACAAACUGGGCUGGAUUCCGGCGAUGUCGUCUGCGACAUGUCGAGGGACGAUUGCGGAGUGUCUAGGAGCUGGGGACGAGACGGAGUUAGGGUUUGAGUUCGAGAUGGACUCGGAGAUCAACCGUCGCAUGUUAGCGGCUAGGAGAUACAUAAGCUACGGUGCGCUGAAGAGGAACACUGUGCCCUGUUCGAGACGCGGUGCGUCGUACUACAAUUGCAGGCCCGGAGCUCCGGCCAACCCGUACACUCGUGGGUGCAGUGCCAUCACACGUUGCCGUCGUAACGGUUAAGUCUUUUUUAUUUUUAUUUUAUUAUCUAUAAUAAAUUCAUAUUCUAUUUUUUUUCCUUUUUUAUUUUUAUUUUUUGAAUUUUGGGUCUUUUAGGAUCAUAUGAAAAUUAAAUGUAUGCAUUAUCACAACAUUUGUGCU